UGUGAGCUGAGCAGCGGGAUAAAACCCAGCAUGUGUGAGGGGACGGGGGCAUUGUGAGACAUGGAGAACAUACGACCUGCCGCUCUACUGAGGAGCAUCAUACUGCUGCUCAUCUUCUGCCAAACUUCUCUGCAAGGAGGAGUCCCUGGCGCCGGUGUAGGGGGACAGUACUAUCCUGGUGGAGGAGCGUAUCCAGGGGCAGGAGCAGGAGGAUAUGUACCCGGAGCAGGAGGAUAUGUACCCGGAGCAGGAGGUGUGGCACCUGGAGCAGGAGGAUAUGUACCCGGAGCAGGAGGAUAUGUACCCGGAGCAGGAGGAUAUGUACCCGGAGCAGGAGGCCAAUACCCUGGCGGCAAACCCCCUAAACCAGGCAUCGGUGGACUAGGUGCUGGAGGUCUUGGAGCUGGUGGCCUUGGUGCUGGAGGUCUUGGAGCUGGUGGCCUUGGUGCUGGAGGUCUCGGAGCUGGUGGCCUUGGUGCUGGAGGUCUCGGAGCUGGAGGUGUUGGUGGCAUUGGAGCUGGUGGAGUUGGAGCUGGUGGCAAGCCUGCCAAAGCAGGGUAUUUACCAGGAGGAGCAGGAACUGGUGUAGGAGGAAUUGUACCCUUUAAGGAUGGAAGCAGAUGCAACAAAGCAGAACCUGAGUUACAGCUAUUGAAGCACAGUAGUACAAAUGCACUGGCCUUAGGUCAGCCUACUGAUUCUUUUCCAGGGGAUACGGGGUCUCCACAAGAUGGCGGAGAGCCAGAGAUUGUUACAGGAGGGGGCACUGGAACUGGUUUAUUACCAGGUGGCAUUGGAGGACAGCCUGGGGCUGGUGGCAAACCAGGGAAAGUACCAGGUGCAGGUUAUUAUCCCGGUGGAGUGGUACCAGGAGUAGGUGGUGGCCCUGGGACAUAUCCUGGUGGUGUUAUUCCAGGUACCGGCGUAAUCCCUGGAGUAACCACAGGGGGUGUGGUGCCACAGACAGGUCUACAGCCAGGAGCCGGAGGAAAACCAGGAAAAGUACCAGGUGUUGGGAUUCCCGGUGCCUUCCCUGGUGGCGUUGUACCAGGAACUGGAGGACGAUUUCCUGGAGGAAUUGGUGUCCUUCCUGGGGUGGCAACUGGGACUGGAGUGAAGCAAAAAGCUCCAGGAGGAGGUGGAGUCUUGGGUGGAAUUCCAGGGUUUGGUGGAUUUGGAGGACAACAGCCUGGAGUCCCUCUUGGAUAUCCCAUAAAAUCCCCCAAACUGCCAGGAGGAUAUGGACUUCCAUACACAUCAGGAAAACCUGGAGGAUAUGGCGCCUAUGGUGCUGGUGGCUUGGGAGGUGGUGGAAAGGCUGGAUACCCAACAGGCACUGGGGUUGGUUCUCAGGCUGCAGCACUGAAAGCAGCGGCUAAGGCAGCAAAAUAUGGCGCUGGAGCUGGAGGUCUUCCUUUGGGUACUGGAGCAAUCCCUGGCACAGGUGCUGGUGGUUUGCCUGGUGUUGGACCUGGUGGAGGAGCCAUCCCUGGGGUUGUUCCUGGUUUGUACCCUGGAGUUGGUCAGGCUGGUGGUGGAUUAGGAAUACCUCAAGUUCAGCCAGGUGGCAAACCCCCUAAAUAUGGUGUUCCCGGAGUUGGAGGAGUUGGUGGAGUUGGUGGCGUAGGUGGCGUAGGAGGCGUACCUGGCGUAGGAGGCGUACCUGGCAUAGGAGGCGUGCCUGGCGUAGGAGGCGUGCCUGGCGUAGGAGGCGUGCCUGGAGGUGGUCUAGUGAAACCCCCUAAGACAGGAGCUGGUUAUGGAUAUGGUGGUUAUCCAAUGAGAGGGGGUGUUGGAGCAGGUGGUCUACCCACAGGAGUUGGAGCUGGAGGCUUGCCUGUUGGAGGUGUUGGAGCUGGAGGUUUAGGAUCCAAGCCCCCUAAACCAGGAGUUGGCGUAGGAGCCGGUGGACUGCCAGGAGGUGGCAUUGGUGGUGGAGGAUUGCCCGCUGGAGGACUUUACCCAGGAGGAAAACCACCUAAACCAGGUUAUGGGCAAGGAGCCGGAGCUGGUUUGGGAACAGGAGCUGGAUUGGUGCCCGGAGGUGGUUUGGGAACAGGCGCUGGUUUGGUGCCAGGAGUUGGUGGUGGAUUUGUACCAGGAGCAGGAAUUGGAACUGGAGGUAUCUAUCCAGGAGCAGGUGGCAAACCACCAAAGCCAGGUUAUGGGACUGGAACUGGAUUAGUACCUGGUGGUGUAAGACCGGGAGUGGGAACCGGAGCUGGAUUGCAACCUGGUGUAGGAGCUGGAUUUCAGCCCGGUGUUGGAGCUGGAUUACAACCUGGUGUAGGGGGUGGAUUACAACCUGGUGUAGGUGCUGGAGGCUUGUACCCAGGAGCUGGAGGCAAACCACCUAAACCAGGUUAUGGAACAGGUGCUGGUUUGGGAACUGGAGCUGGAUUGGUGCCAGGAGGAGCUGGUUUGCAACCAGGUGGUGGAUUAGUACCUGGAGCAGGAAUUGGAACUGGAGGCCAGUACCCUGGAGCUGGAGGAAAACCACCUAAACCAGGUUAUGGAACAGGUGCUGGAUAUGGAACAGGUGCUGGAUAUGGAACAGGUGCUGGAUAUGGAACAGGUGCUGGAUAUGGUCCUGGUGCUGGAUAUGGUCCAGGUGCUGGAUAUGGUACUGGUGCUGGAUUAGGAGGCGGUGGAUAUGGACAAGGAGCUGGACCAGGAACAGGAGCCGGAGGCUAUUAUCCAGGCGCUGGAGGCAAACCACCUAAACCAGGUUAUGGAGCUGGCGUAGGACCAGGUGCUGGAAUUGGAGGUGCUGGACAAACAGGAUACCCACUAGGAGCCCAAAAACCACCUAAAUCCUACUACAGAGGUGGUGGCCUGUGCGGCCAAGGGAAGUACUGUGGCCGGCGGAGGAAGUAAACAGCCAGAUAGCUACGAGUAACCUCAUCAACUAUGGUGCUACUGCAUGGUGUGAAUGUACAAUGAUUCAAGCAUCCCCUCUGGUCUUCCCUUCCCAUGAUAUUUUUCCUACAACCUCCAGGCCGUGUAAUGCCAUAAACUGGGAGUCAGGCAGCUACGUGCUAAAGGAGCCUGAAAUUUAACUGACACUCAAAUGAUAUGCACCUACUGUAUGUACUACACACAUUGAUGUAUGAAUAAAUAUGUGAAGUAUGUAUUUGUAAAUGCCAGUAAGCCUGUAUAUUGCAUGUACGUCAUCUAGACAGAAAGGUGCACUUUAAAAAAAAGAUACAAGAGUGUGUAUACAGCGUGUACGUCUUACAUACACACUGAUACCUUGAUAUUAGCACACUCAUGCAUUCACAACUAUGGGCAUACAUGCACUAUAUAAAUAUAUAAAUAGUUAUAAAUAUAAAUGACACUGACAUGCACACACCUGUAGUAUAUACAUACAUGUAGGAGAAUGCCCUCCUUGUUCACUUGACAUUUCCAGCAGUGUGAGGAGAGUACAUGUUUGGCUUUCUUCCUGCUGCCCCUCCAUGAUGACCCAAUAAGCUGUUGUAAGUUAUGCCUUGAACUAAACCCAUUCCAAUGCAACUCACCUGCGACUGUACGGAUCUGUAUUAUUUUUAUUAUUUGUAUUAAUAAAGUGUGUGACUUCUCUUGUUUUUUUGUUAAGGUGAGAGAGGGUUGAGACAAAAUAAUCUUUAAAUGCAUCUUGUUUUUGUUACAAUAAAUAUAGUAAAGAUAAUCUUAUUUUUAACUGCCACAUAAUGUGGAGCAUUGCUGCUUUUACAGCUGUACUAUUCUGGGGAGUAAAGGUGCUAGGCCUAUGCUGACAGGCGGCUAAGUAAUACUUAUGCAAAGCCCUGUGGCAGCUAAGGGAUGAGAUGGAUGAGACACUUUAGUAUGGAGUUAAGAGAAGAGGGGGGCACAUUUGCAUUUAAUAUUAUUAUUAUUAUUAUUAUUAUUAUUUUCUUUUGCUGCCAUAGAACAUAUUAAAAACCUUUUUGGAAAAAAAGAAGUUAAAAGAAAAUAUAAACAAACUGUGAGACAAUAACUGAAUAGUGUGGUUACUCUCCCCCUCUCUCACUCCUAAAUGGUAUCUCCUCGGUGCAGUCCCUGAGUAACCACAACGCUCUUGAAUCUUCUGCUCUGCUGUGUUUCUAGAUGUGAGGGGAGUGUGUGAUGUGUGGAUGCUUUAAACUUACUGACCACCCCCUGAGUCUCUCAUGUAUACCCUCUCUUACUGCCUCCAAUGAAAACUAAAACACUUUAUUUUGUAAAAAAAUAAUACUGAAAAAAAAGUUAUUAAAAGUAAUUUUGCUUAAAAUAAAAUUAAUAAAGAAAUCUUUUUAAUGUCAAAA